AUGAUCGACGACAGGCUCAUUUUCACGAGUCAUGUUGAUUACGUGUGUAAGAGAGCGGCAGUGGCCACGGCCGCACUCACACGGAUGUCGAGCUCCUCGGCAUUUCGAACGGCGGCCGGAAGACAAGCCCUGAGAAGACUGUGUAACCUGCAGAGACUUAGCAGCGUUCAGCGGCUGAUGAACCUGCGGGUUAUCAGUGAAUACCGGACCAUCUCGACCGAAGCCGCCAACGUAGUGGCGGGCGUCAUGCCCAUAUCGGUUUUGUUAGAGGAGGAUGUCUACUGUUACGACAAUAAAGACGCGCCCAACGUACGAGAUCUCGCCUAUGAGGACUCGAUGUCCAACUGGCUGUAG